AUGCACCACGAGAGGACAAACACCGGAGCACUUCGUAUUAUGAAGGUUUGGAAUCUCACAGCAUUGUUGUCCAGAAUAAGGAACGCAAGAAGACAAGUCAGAUGUAAAAUGCAAAAGUAUGUUUCAACUAAUUUUACUAUUGUUACGGCAUAUUGGAAUCUGGGAACUUUUCGAAAGGGCAAAUCUCUGACGUAUUCAAAAACUCUGUACAUGAAGUGGGCAGCGUCAUUCCAGUACAUGCUAAACCCUUUGGUAGUCUACACCGAUUCCACAGAAUUCAGAGACCUUAUGCAAGCAUAUCGGAAUGAUCUUUUGUGUAAUACUAAAAUUAUAUAUAUGAAUAGGACAGAUAUUUAUGCAUUUCGAAAAAUUGAUGAAAUAAAAUCUGUUUAUAAGCAACCAGGUUAUCCAAAAUAUUAUCCUAAUACAGUGAGCCCUGAAUACACGGCCGCCCAGCACGCUAAAUUCACGGUGGUAGCUGACACAUAUAAACGAAAACUGUUCACCACUCGUUAUUACGCAUGGAUAGAUGUUGGUUAUUUCCGGGAUAUUGCAAAUAUCCAAGACUACUAUGUCAUGGUUGUGCCCCCGGAUAUGGACCCAAAACGUCUUGCGUAUAAUUUUGCCAAGCAGCAUGUGAGAACGGCAGAUCCAAUCACUGUGUUCCGGAACAAUCUAGUCUGGGUAGGAGGGGGCAUGUUCAUCGGUCUAGGUGAAGUGAUUGAUAGGUUUGAAAGGUUCUAUCAGAAAGCUGUGGAUUAUUUCAUGAAUUCAAAAGUGAUGAAUUCGGAUCAACAAGUGUUGUACUCAAUAUACACACAUAAAGGAAGAAAGGCACUGAAUCCGCCGGUUGAGCUGCAGCUCUAUGUACCGAAACUUCCACAUAAUUCCUGGUUUUAUUUGGGCUUUCUGUGCCGAAAAGUCAUAAAAGGCCUGCAUCCUGUGAAAAUUCAAACUCUUUGUAUUACCGCCUCUGGAAACUAA